AUGCGGUUCUCUGCGUUAACCUCCCUCCUCGCCUUGGGAGCCUUCACCGGCGUCCUCGCGACGCCCACCAAGGUCUCCAGGGCACCCUCGCUGGUGGAGCGUGACUUUGCCACGGUCACCAGUGUUGUGGCUGCCAUUUCGUCCAAGGUCGAUGCUCUGGAUGCGGACAUCAACGCCUACACUGGAGGCGAUACGUCCGCCAUUGUGGGCGCUUCUGCAGACCUCAUCUCCACCAUCAACGAUGGCACUUCCACCGUUGCGGCCCAGCCAGCCCUGAGCCAAACUGACGCUCUGAAUCUGGUGAAUCCAAUCUUGGCUCUGACCAACAAGGUCAAGACCACCAUCAACGACCUCGUCUCCAAGAAGAGUCUGAUCGUCGCUGCCGGCGCGGGUCCUACCACCUAUAACCAGUUGCUGGACCAGUACACGGCCUCCUCGAACUUGGCUACGACCCUGUCUGGCAAGGUACCGGAUGCUCUCAAGGACGUCGCUAAUCAGCUGUCCUCGGGAAUCACCUCGGCCAUCCAGACGGGUAUCGAUGCUUACAAGGAUACCUCCACUCCGUGUGAGACUACCACUACUACUACUCCCACAGAGACCUCCACUCCUUGCGAAACUACUACUACCCCUACCGAGACCUCCACUCCAUGUGAGACUACUACUACUACUCCAACUGAGACCUCCACUCCGUGCGAGACUACUACCACGUCUACCCCUCCUCCUACAACCACUACGCCAUGUGAGACUACAACCACAUCUACCCCUCCUCCUACUGAAACCAGCACUCCCUGCGAGACUACCACCACAUCCACCCCCCCGGAGACCACCACUCCGUGCGAGACCACGACCACUGCCACCCCGACAGAGACUACUACUCCCUGUGAAACUACUACCACACCCACUACACCUCCUACCGAAACUACCACUACCACUCCGUGCGAGUCUACCACGAUUGUCCCCGUUCCCCCAGGAACAGAGACCUCCACCUCCACUACCAGCCAGACCGAGACCUCCACCAACUCGGUCACCGUCACCGCUACCGAGACGACCAACCCACCCGGUCCCACCACCUUGACCACCGCCCCUGCCCCAUGCACGACUUGCGGUAGUGAGAAAACCACUACGCCCGUUGUGGUUCCCCAGCCCACUUCCUCCAGCCCUACGACCGUCGCUCCUCCUGGAGGACUCGCCACCGGUGCAGCCAGCAAGCUGGGCUCGUCUGUUGGUAAGGCCAUGGCUAUUGGUGCAAUUGCACUGUUGCUGUGA